UGGUCAAUCAAAAUCUGCACUCCCCACACGAAGCAUCCCUUGACAUGAGUGCGUCGGUGCUGCUCCAUCGAUCAACACGGCCGAGUAUACCGCCUCGAGCACGCAUCAAGCAUGAUGCGUGCCACAUCGCUAAUAUGGAUCGGGCCAUGGUGGCGAUGGGGUACCUUGAAAGCCCCCGUUCGUCCGGGAACGUCGAUUAUAUGCAGCGCAAGAUCUACUGCAUGGAAUGCGGGCGUCUUCGCGUGCUCAGACCGCCUUUUCCCUUGUUUCUGCGAGAACAUCCCAGUCCACCAACAAGACGCUUCUAGGCUUCUAGGAAGGCCAUUCUCCGGUGCUCGUGCUCGGCUCAGGUAUAAAUGUGGAUGUGCGGGAUACGAGAGUGCUUGUUUCCAACAUCCCAUCCGUUUCCAUCGAAGCAUGCCGUUUGUUGAAACGGCCAUCGACACCAUGCGCCAAAGUUCUUCGCAAGUCUCUAACAAGAGCUUACAUUAUCAUGGACAAGACAGCCAUGGUCCGAAAUUUCAAGGCCUCGCAAGCACCAGCGAUAAGGCCGCAACGUCAGAGACUAGCAUGCAGGACUUCUUCGACGCAUCUGGCUAAGUUGAGGAGCAGGGCAACGACAGCAUCUCAGUGAAAAGUGACGAGGUCUAAAAUACGCCCAUCAACGCUUGGCACUGUGACCAUGCCAUAGGAGUGCAGGGCGGCUGUGCAGACGCAUGCUCUGA